CAGGCGCUUCCUGCCUUCCCCUCGGCCUGGGUGCCGGGUUCCCGCGCCGGGCUCGGAGAUUCCCGGGUCGCCCCGCCCCGCCCCGCGCCGCCGCCCGCGCCGGGCACGGUGCGCGCAGCGGCCCCGCCCCCGCCCCGCCCCUACCCCCUGCCCUUAGGGGGGCACCCCCACCGGGGCGGGAGGGGGGUCCGCCGGGCCCGGUCGCCGAGUGGCGGAGGUGACGGUAACCGCCUUCCCAUUUCCGCCCGGCCGGCGGCGCGGCGCGGCGAGUGCCAGCGGAGGCGCGCGGUCCUCCCUCCGCCCGCCCGCGCCGGAGGCUGGCCCUGCCUCGCCGGCGCCUUUUUCCCCCGCAGCGCGGCGCCGCUCCGCCACUCGGGCACCGCAGGUAGGGCAGGAGGCUGGAGCGCCUGCCGCCCGCCGCCCGUAAGAUGGUCACCUCGGCUGGACAGCUCGCCCUCUUCGCGCUGGGUAUUCUGUUGGCCGUGUGCCAGGCCCUGGAGAACAGCACAUCCGCCCUGAGUGCAGACCCGCCCGUGGCCGCAGCUGUGGUGUCCCAUUUUCAUGACUGCCCAGAUUCCCACAGUCAGUUCUGCUUCCAUGGAACCUGCAGGUUUCUGGUGCAGGAGGACAAGCCAGCAUGUGUCUGCCACUCCGGGUACGUCGGUGCACGCUGUGAACACGCGGACCUCCUGGCCGUGGUGGCCGCCAGCCAGAAGAAGCAGGCCAUCACUGCCUUGGUGGUGGUCUCCAUCGUGGCCCUGGCUGUCCUUAUCAUCACGUGUGUGCUGAUCCAACCACGUUCUCUGUAUCUUUGCAGCUGCUGCCAGGUCCGGAAACACUGUGAGUGGUGCCGGGCCCUCAUCUGCCAGCACGAGAAGCCCAGUGCCCUCCUGAAGGGAAGGACUGCUUGCUGCCACUCAGAAACAGUGGUCUGAAGAGCCCAGAGAAGGAGUUCUGCCAGGUGGCCUGUGGCAGCCUGAGGAAGAAAGGACUGCUUGAGGAUGGCACGGCGGGGGCUGCCUGGGAUGGGCCAGCAGACCUUCCCUACUCUGCCUGCCCUCGUCUGUGUGGGAUUUUUGUCUUUUGUGGGCCUUCCUUCAAAACUCUGUCCAGAACUCUGUCUGCUUGGGGUUAUCCGGUGUGACCUGGAAAAGAAAUCAGUGGACCACAGUUUAAAGACUGGUCAAAAAUGAAUGGCAUGAGGUGGACCUCCUGUUUACUUAAUGAGGUCUGUGCAUUGGCAUCUGCGUCCAGGUGUAUGUGGGUGUGUUCUGCCAGUCACGGAUGCCAGGCUGUGCUUUUUUUUAAUGGGCUCAUCUCCGCCCAGCAGUCUCCAUCCUGCCCAACACAGGAGAUUCCUACAGUUAUUACAGUUUUUUCUCAUCCCCUGAUUGGGGAAGAAGGUGGAAAAAAAGCAUAACUGCUUUUUGCUACGUGAAGACACCAGUGUAAGAGGAGCCACGUCUGUCCUCUGUCCACAAAGCCCUCAACCAGCCCGAUGUCUUCCACAGACACAUGAUGUUGAAGAACCUCCCGAGCCGUCGCCACCCUCGAAGAUAAUUUUUUAUUUAUUAGAUGGAUGAUGGUGUUAUUUUUAAUCUCUUAAGUCAAUGUAAAAAGCAUAAAACCCUUUCAGACGUCUACAUUAAUGAUGUAUGUGUUGCUGGCCAGAAACUUAGACUGAUUAGAAAUGUCUGGUCUCUUUGGAACAGCUAAAGCUUGGGGAAAACCACCAGGAUAGGUGGAGAUGGAAGCAGAGGAUGAACUGCUGAUGGGAGCAAAGACUGGGGUUCAGAGGUCUUGCUAUUUGAUAAUCAUAACUGGUAAAUGCCCCAGGAUACAUUCCUGUUGAAAAGCCAGCAAAGCUAGCAGUGGAGAUACGGCACCUUGUCAAGGAAGAGGAAGAGUGCCUGUGUGUGCAUCUACAUGGGGAAACACAAUAGUGACUACACUGCUCUGUUCUUAAACAUAUUAACUGUCUAGUGGCACCUCCAGGAAUCUGGUUAGAGAUAGUGCAUUAGCAGAGAGCCAUGGGCAUUUGGGGCUGUGCCCAUGAAGGGAAACCAGUGACUUAUUUUCCAUGUUGUUACUUUGUUGAUUUGUUGCUCUAUUUUGAAAAGGAGAAAUUGAACUUUUCUAUUUAUUUUUAAGCAUUAGGAGAAAUAUUCCAAUGAUUUUUUUUUUUUCUUUUCCAUUCAGGAUGCUUGUUUCUUGGGUUUUUUUUUU